UUUCAUUUCAUUGUGUAAAUCAUAAAAAGCUGAAUAAAUGUUAUAUAGGUUAAACAUGUAGGUAAAUACCAUUACUGAUAAGAAAGCCGGCCGUUCUUAUCAAGCCGGUACUACGGCAACUCCUCACUGGCGGUUAUUAUUAUCAGACUGACCGCAUAAACGCGUAUAAAACGAACACCAAACAAAUACCCUACAGUUCCAUUACUGAUUCUGCGGAGGUUAGUCAAAUUUGCCCACCAUGUCGAUAACGCUGUGGGUCCUGCUGGGCCUGCAAGCCUUUGCCGUGCAGGGCAUGCUGCACCGUUACCCGAAACUUGAUCUAGGCGAGCGGGAGGCGGGCGACGCGGGAGAACCCCUGUUCCUGACUCCCUACGUGGAGGGCGGCAACAUCACGGAGGGGCGGCGCCGCGCGCGUGUCUCCUUCACCGACGCGCUGCGGAUCAAGAGCUAUGCCGGCUUCUUCACCGUCGACAAGACGUACGACUCCAACCAGUUCUUCUGGUACUUCCCUGCGAUGGUCCCGGACAAUAAGAACGCGCCCGUAGUGCUGUGGCUGCAGGGCGGGCCCGGCGCCACCUCGCUCUACGGACUCUUCACAGAGAACGGACCCCUUAGAGUCCGCAACAACAAGUUUGAACGCAGGAAGUACAACUGGGCACUCAGCCACCACCUUAUCUACAUUGACAACCCUGUCGGCACCGGAUUCAGCUUCACCAAGGACCCUAAGGGAUACUGCACCAACGAGGUACAGGUCGGUGAGCAGCUCCACUCCACCAUGACGCAGUUCUUCCAGCUGUUCCCGGAGCUGCAAGGUAACAAGUUCUAUGUGACUGGGGAGUCCUACGGAGGGAAGUAUGUGCCGGCCCUGGCAUACACCAUCCACAAGAAGAAUCCUACAGCUAAAGUAAAGAUUAAUCUGAAAGGAGUUGCUAUUGGGAAUGGGCUUAGUGAUCCUGAGCACCAGCUGGUCUACGGCAAGUAUCUCUACCAACUGGGACUUAUAGACUGGAAUGGAGCCAAACAGUUCCAAGAUUAUGAAGCUGAGACUGUAAAGUUUAUUCAGAACAAGCAGUUUGACAAGGCAUUUGCCAACUUUGAUAUGCUGCUGAAUGGGGACAGGACAACUGAAAAAAGUUUAUUCAGCAAUUUGACCGGUUUCGACUUUUACUUCAACUACUUGCACACCAAGGACUACACUCAGUAUGAAGACUUUGGCCCGAUGCUGCAAAAGGCGGCUGUGAGGAAGGAUAUCCACGUCGGUGACCUGCCGUUCCACAAUGGAUCUUUAGUUGAACUGCAUCUGAUCAAUGAUGUCAUGGACUCAGUGGCUCCAUGGAUUAAAGAACUACUAGACCAUUACCCAGUAGUGAUCUACAAUGGACAGCUGGACAUCAUCGUAGCCUACCCUCUAACAGUAAACUACUUGAGGCAGCUCAAUUUCACAGGCUCUGAGCAGUAUAAAACAGCUAAAAGAUACAUCUGGAAAGUGGAUGGGGAAGUGGCCGGGUAUGUGAAGGAAGCUGGGAAGUUGGUGGAGAUUAUGGUGAGGAAUGCAGGCCACAUGGUGCCUGGAGACCAGCCCAAGUGGGCCCUCGAUCUGAUUACAAGGUUCACUCAUGAAAAAACCUUUGAUGACACUCAUAGUCACUAUAUUGUAUAAGUUGUUAUUAGUGGCUACUCAAGUUUCAAUUCCCACUUAGUAGGCUGUUUAUGUUUAGUUCGAAGAAUAGAGUUGAUUUAAGAUAAGCAAUCUCUACAAUAUAUUGUAACUUUAAACCCUGUGCUGUGUAUAAAACCAAAUAGGUAAUUAGUGUGGCUUCAUGUUGAAUUUUAAGUGAAAUAAAGUUUUUAUCUAUGUUUUUAUAAUAAUA